AUGUCCCCUCCUUCCACUACAGACAAGAAGCAAAGUGGCGCUGCCAGGGUUCUUGGCUCUGCUGCCGCUGGUAUCUGCGAAAUUGGUGUUUUCCACCCUGUGGACACCAUCUCCAAGCGACUUAUGUCAAACCAGACGAAGAUCACGUCCGCUUCUCAGUUGAACACGGUCAUUUUCAAAGAGCAUGCGUCUAAGGCACUUGGCUCAAGACUCUUCACCUUGUUUCCCGGCUUGGGUUACGCUGCUGUCUACAAGAUCAUGCAAAGAGUGUACAAGUAUGGUGGACAACCCUUUGCCAAUGAAUUUUUGACCAAGAACUUUAAGGACUCGUACGAUGCCUUGUUCGGACCAAAGACCGGUAAAGCGUUGUUAUCUGCCACUGCAGGCUCUUUGAUUGGUAUUGGUGAGGUCGUCUUGUUGCCAUUGGAUGUGUUGAAGAUUAAGAGACAGACAAACCCUGAGGCUUUCAAAGGUAGAGGAUUCUUGAAAAUCAUCUCUGACGAAGGUUUCGGAUUAUACAGGGGUUGGGGCUGGACCGCUGCCAGAAACGCCCCUGGCUCUUUCGCUUUGUUUGGUGGUAACUCUUUCGCCAAAGAAUACAUUUUUGGCUUGAAAGAUUACUCCUCGGCCACAUGGACACAGAACUUUAUCACAUCUAUUUUCGGUGCUUCUGCCUCGUUGAUUGUUUCUGCUCCGUUGGACGUGAUCAAGACUAGAAUUCAAAACAGAAACUUUGAAAACCCAGAGAGCGGAUUUACCAUUUUGAAAAAGAUGGCCAAGAAUGAGGGUAUCACGGCAUUCUUCAAGGGUUUGACACCUAAGUUGUUAACUACCGGUCCUAAGUUGGUGUUCUCCUUUGCCCUUGCCCAGUCCUUGAUCCCUGCUUUUGACAAGCUCAUGAAAUAG